AUGAGUUCCGAUCCCAAGUUCCCAUGCAGCAUGCAACUGCACAUCCCUUUCCCUACGCCCCGCCUGGCCUCCGCGGCCCUCAAAGCCCUCCAUGUCGACCCCGAGCUCUCGCCCCUCGUCCAAAGACAUCUCUCCGUUGUCUCUCCAUCCACAAGCCUCAACUCCGACGAGCAUGCACAGGUGCUGCAGGUAGAGUAUCAGGCCACGACGAAUCGCAUGCUGCGGGUCGCCGUCAACUCCUUCAUGGAGGGCCUCAAGCUGGUCUUGGAGGUCAUGGAGCAGUUGGACGUCGACAUAUUAGCUACAGAGAAGACGAAUUCAAUCAAAUCUCCGUGA